UGGACUUUGUCUCUAUUUGUACACAAAGCGGAUAAAAGGUCUUCAUAUACAUUCAUUCAUACCAUGAAUUUGUGGUGAAAGUGGCUGUUUCAUUUUCAUUGAUAACAAAAUAUUUACUGACUUAAUCAUAAUGGCGAUUCGAGCAAUCGACGCCUGGGCGCAAAUAGCGAUGCCCAACUUUUUGAAAGCCUUGCCCGAAGUGCGUCGUCUCUUUGUGCAGUCGAAGGCACCCAUCGCCCUGCUGGAGAAGGGGCUCGGACCAGAACAAACGAUCGCGUUGAUGGACCAGGGUGGCGUGGAUAAGGUUUGUCUCUCUGCGUGGACACGACCGGGUCAAGUUUGCAUCAGCAAUGAGGUCGUUGCGCAGUGGACGGCUGCACAUCCCGACAGGUUUUAUGGGAUUGCGGGAGUGGACUUACUUAACCCGAGAAAGGCUUGUCUCGAGUUGGAGAAAGCUGUGAAAGAUUAUGGGUUCAAGGGUCUCAGAGUUAUUCCUUGGUUGUGGAAACUUCCUCCAGAUGAGAAACAUUACUAUCCCCUCUUUGUCAAGUGUAUCGAGCUAAAUGUACCGUUUUUUACGCAAGUUGGUCAUACAGGUCCACUUAUGCCAUCUGAAACGGGACGACCAAUCCCCUACAUAGAUCAAGUUGCAUUAACUUUCCCCGAGCUAAAAAUUGUUGGUGGCCACAUAGGAUACCCGUGGUCAAAUGAAAUGAUCAGUCUUUGUUGGAAACAUGAAAAUGUUUAUAUUGAUACAUCCGCCUAUCUGCCGGCUUACUAUCCGCCAGAGUUGGUACAUUACAUGAAAACGUAUGGAAAGGACAAGGUUUGUUACGGAUCGAACUUUCCGCAACUUGGAUGGAAAGCGACGAUGGAUCAAGUGAAAGAUUUGGGAUUGGAGAAGGAAGUCGAAGAGAAAUUUUUGUACAAGAAUAUUUCAAAGGUUUUGAAUAUUUAGGUAAAAUGUGGGACUAAACAAGUUAAUUUUUGCUAUAUAUCGUAUUUGUUCUAUUAUUUUCUGUUUAUGCAUGAACAUAAAUAAAAUUAAGACUGAAUUGUCUA